AAGAAAAUCACAUCGAUCCCACGUUCUCACCCAAAACCGCAUGCAUGACAUGAAGCAACCCAAAGAACAACACCAUUCUCUUCCACUUUUGGGCCUCUCCCAUGAAAGAACAUCGUAGGAAUAAACACAACGCCGUCAUUUCAUGGAGCUCCUUCUUCUGGUUCACCCUUGUGGUUGUUUUCUCCUCCAUCCUCUUCACUUCCCUCACCUUCUCCUCCCUCCGCCCCUUCUACCUCACAGACUCCUUUCAUCCAAAUGCGGCAUUGACAUGGCGAACUCCGGCAAUGCAAGCAAAAUCCGGCUACUCUCCGGAAAAAAUUACAAUCCGGGAGAUCGUUAUUCUCCCGGAUCAGGUUCUGAUUUUCCUCAAAUACCCUGCAUCCUUUCGCUUUUAUACCAAAGGUGACAUUCACUGUGUUUACCUCUCGGCUGACUCGUCCCGCUAUGAGCCUCGGCUAACUCAAACGCCAAUUCAAAUCCACCUGGCUCAGCUCCACGAACAAAUCUUGCGGUGCCCGCUCCCUCCACAUGGCCACACGACAUCCCUCAUCAUAAAAUCCAACGGUCCACUUCAAAACUCAACGACCCACAAGUGGGAUCCACUUGCCUACGAAGCCCUCUUUGAUCACGACAACACCACCAUCGUGUUCGUGAAGGGGCUCAACCUCCGUCCUGAGAGACUCGCUGAUCCUUCCAGGUUUCAGUGCGUGUACGGUUGGGAUUUCAAGAACCCAAAGUUCUUGCUAAAAUCUGAUGUAGUUACUGUUGCACAAGAGAUUGUAAGGUGUAAGACACCUUUAAGUAUUUUAAGCGACCAAACCAAAACACUAUCUCAUACAAAAGCCCAUCCUGUCAAGGUAUCUGUUCAAGUAAGAGGCAGAGGAAUAUUUCCCUCCAUAGCAAGACCUGGGUUUAGUACGCUGCAUAACCCACCUAAGAAGGCCCAUGAAAUAUGUGUGUGCACCAUGCUCCGUAACCAGGCCCGGUUCAUGACAGAGUGGGUAAUGUACCACGCCAAAAUCGGAGUCCAGCGUUGGUUCAUCUACGACAACAACAGCGACGAUGAGAUAGAAAACGUGAUCACGUCCCUACAAGGUGUUGGCUACAACAUCACGUGGCACCUGUGGCCUUGGGUUAAGACCCAAGAAGCUGGGUUUGCUCAUUGCGCCUUACGCGCUCGAGCUUCGUGUGAGUGGGUUGGGUUUAUUGAUGUGGACGAGUUUUUCCAUGUGAAGGUAAAUGGGGGUUUGCACCGAGUGAUCAAGCACUAUGUAAGGCCCGGGAGCAAUGUGGCUGAGAUUAGGACACCGUGCUACAGUUUUGGGCCUUCGGGUCUCAAGGAAGUGCCGCGAGAAGGGGUGAUGGUAGGGUACACAUGUCGGUUAGCAGCACGUGAGAGGCACAAGAGUAUUGUCCGCCCCGAGGCGUUGAAUCAAACCUUAAUCAAUGUCGUGCACCAUUUUCAUCUAAGUGCACCGUUUGUGGCCGUUGAUGUAGAGAAAGGUGUAAUGGUGAUUAACCAUUACAAAUAUCAAGUUUGGGAAGUGUUCAAGGAGAAGUUCUAUAGGAGGGUAGCAACUUAUGUGGCAGAUUGGCAAGAAGAGCAAAAUGUGGGGUCCAAGGAUAGGGUUCCCGGUCUAGGGACCAGAGCAGUCAAACCAGAAGAUUGGUCGAGCCGGUUUUGUGAAGUUAGGGACAUGGGGUUGAGGAAUUGGGCAGUGAGGAACUUUUUGGACCGGCGCACCCACCUUUUCCCGUGGCAACCAGAAUUCGAGCUUCAUCAUAAAAGAAAGCGGAGGCGAAAAGGAAAAAAACUAUCUUAUGAUGUGAUCAAUUUCUAACCUAAUGUUUUUCUCUGUCUUUGAGUUUUUGUUCAUCCUCUUUUGAUUUGGCUCAUCCGAGGGUAAUGUACAAUAGUGUAGAGAUGACCUAGUUGUUCUUUUUAUUAUUUAUUUCUAUCUUGUACAUAAAUGUAAGUUGAUGACAUUGUUUCAUGAAAAAAAAAUCAAUGUAAUUCCACUAAAUAUUGUUAGAAUUAUA